AUGGACUGUAGGGAUGAUCAUGGCGAAGCCAAACAGACGUCGGAUGAGCCUUCUCGGAAGAGAGCUUAUUCACCUAGUGAAAAAGGCAAAGGGAAAAUGCUGGAUAUCAACGACGACAACUACAAACAGGCAAAACAGCAGCAAAAUCCUGAUGUAAGUGGUGUUCUGUGCCAGGAUGAUUCAGAAUCUUUGAUCAAAUCUUUCUUAUCAUUUAUACUGCAGCAGCAGCAGAUUGAAAGACCAUUUCCUGCUGUUAAUUCUAGUAUCAGCUCCUGCAGUAUGGCACCGCCUGAAUGUCAACGCACACUACAACUCUUUGAAGACAACCUUAAUCGUAAUGUUGUAACAGAAAGUUUUCAAGAGUUGGUUAAUGAUGGUGGCAGAGGACCUCUGCAUCAGUCUGAUGUAGCUACUGUCAGAGACGAGGUUGAUAUCCUGUUUGAAGAGUACUCCUCGUUACGAGAAUGGGUGCAAAGUACAAGUUACUACUGGUAUAUUGUAAGAUGUAGUUUAGUCCUAGAUGUGUGGACUGAGGAGAUGACAGGGCGAACCUAUCUAAAUGUAAUCGUCGAUUCUCCACUUGGGGUGGUUUAUCUGAAAUCAAUUGAUGUGAGUUUUGCUGUUAAUGAUGCUGAGGCGAUGCUGUCAGUUAUUGAUAGUAUUUUUUCAGAAUCAGAACUUGGUUUGAGGCCGGAGUAUGUGCUCCAAGUUAUAUCCUACACUGCGUCACCAUGGCUAGACACGGUUGGAGAAAGACUUCAGGAGAAAUACCCUUGGAUGUUCUGGUCCAUCAGCGCCACAUAUUGCGUGACUCUGAUGCUAGAGAGGGUAGCCUCGGCGAUAGCCUGGGUGAGGCAAACCAUCGAGCAAGCCAAGAUGGUUACAAGGCUUAUUUACAGUGAUCCUUGUAUAUUGGACCUCUUAAGGCAGGCUAGUAAUGGAGAACUUGAUCAAAACUCGAACCUUGUGAAGUCGAGUAAAAUUAAGGAAGCUACACCCUUUCUGACACUUGAGAAUAUGCUGGUUUGGAGAAAACAUCUUGAGAAAAUGCUAACAUCACAAGAAUGGAAAAACUCAUGCUUUGGAUCAUCAUUGGGAGGUAUGAGAGUCGAGGAGCUAGUGCUGAGGGACAGAACAUUCUGGACUCGAGUCGGUCUUGCUGUCAAAGGAAGCAAGCCUAUAGUUAACCUGCUUUGCUUAAUCAAUGAUGGAAACAUUGAUAUUGAUAACCCUCAAAUGGGUAAUAUCUAUGAAAGAAUGGAUGAAAUGAAGGAAAAAAUUAGGGGUGAUAUUAAGAAAUCUAACAUGUAUAUGCCUUUUUGGGAUAUAAUAGACGAGAUUUGGAACAAUAUGUUGCACUCCCCACUUCAUGCUGCAGGUCACUUUCUAAAUCCAAAGCUUUAUUACAGUAAUAAUUUUGUUGUUGAUGAUGAAGAAGUAGAGGGUGGGAUUAGGGACACUAUACACAAAAUUGUGGAUGAUGCACAAACCCAAGAAACUAUUAUGAAACAGCUGCAUCUAUAUGAAUUUGCCCGUGGAGAUUUCAAAAUUGGUUUGCGUGAAAGACACAAUGUCUCUCCAGUUGAUUGGUGGAAGCGGUAUGGGGAACGAUAUAAAGAGUUGCAACAUUUUGCAAUAAUAGUGUUAGGGGUAGCAUGUAAUGGUGCUCCUCCACCCCAUAAAUUCGGAAGAGAAGAUGUAGGGAGGUUGUUGUCAACAAGCGAAACCGAUCCAUCAUAUCUAUGGUUAGUCCAAAAGUGUUACGUAUCUUACAACCGUCAUCUAAGGGAGCUCGCAACUUAUGGUUUCAAGUUUAACAUUGAGUCUGAUGAGCCUCAUUCCGUCGAUGAUUGGAUAGCUGGUUACUACUAA